CAACCACUCGACCCCUUCCACAACUCCAUCCGCCUAUAAUUCGACCGCCACCGCCACGAUGCCUGUCGUCAAGGGAGGAGUCUGGACGAACAUAGAAGAUGAGAUCUUGAAAGCGUCGGUCUCGAAGUACGGAUUGCAGCAAUGGGCGCGAGUCUCGUCGCUGCUGGCCAGGAAGACACCGAAGCAAUGUAAAGCGCGAUGGAGCGAAUGGCUGGAUCCCGGCAUCCGGAAAGUCGAAUGGAGCAAGGAGGAAGACGAGAAGCUCUUACAUCUAGCGAAGCUUAUGCCGACACAAUGGCGCACGCUCGCCCCUCUCGUCGGCAGAACCGCGAACCAAUGUUUGGAACGAUACCAGAAACUACUCGACGAAGCAGAACAGAGAGAGGCUGGAGAUUUGGGACUCACUGGGGUUGGUGGUGAAGCGCAAGCGCCAUCAGCAGACGAUGUACGAAAGUUACGACCGGGCGAGGUGGACCCCGACCCAGAAUCGAAACCUGCCAGGCCUGACACGAUAGAUCUCGAUGAGGACGAAAAGGAGAUGCUGAGCGAGGCGCGUGCUCGUUUGGCGAAUACACAGGGAAAGAAGGCCAAGAGGAAGGCUCGAGAGCGCCAACUAGAGGAGUCUCGGAGACUAGCUGUGCUUCAAAAGCGUCGCGAACUCAAGAAUGCCGGAAUCAACGUCAAGGUUGUUAGCCGAAAGAAGGGGCAGAUGGACUACAACGCCGACAUCCCAUUCGAAAAGAAGGCUGCCCCUGGAUUCUACGACACCGGAGAAGAGGCAGCCAUCAACGAAAAGCAAAGGGAAUCAUUCGAUCCUCGAAAACAACAACUUGCGAACAAGCGAAAAGGGGACGCGGAUGAGGACCCGGAUCGUAAGCGAAAGAAGACCGAAAAAGAUGCGCCAUCCGCAUCAUACCAAGCCGCCAUUAAGGCUGGACAGAUGCAGAAAAUACGAGAGGCCGAGCAGAGCAGCAAGAGACGUGCUCUCGUUCUACCCUCGCCACAGGUUGGGGAGGGUGAGCUGGAGGAGAUUGUGAAGAUGGGCAUGAUUGGAGAACGGGCAAACCAGAUGGCGCGUGCCAGCGAGAACGACGCAACGAGAGGUCUUGUGGGAUCAUACAGUACGAUUAACACAGGGGCGCCGAUUCGGACACCUCGAGCCCCACCCCAGGAAGAUCGUAUCGCGAACGAGAUCAAGAAUAUUCGAGCCUUGACCGAAACUAAAUCGUCGCUGCUCGGUGGCGAGAAUACGCCAUUAUACGAAGGCGCUGGCAGCACUGGCUUUGAAAGCGUGGCUCCCCGCAAAAGUCAAAUAGAAACGCCUAAUCCUAUGGCCACACCAUUUCGCGGGGGCGCUGGUAUUGGGGAAACCCCCAUGCGCACGCCAGGUGUUGGGCAAACGCCGAUGCGAGACAACUUCGCCAUCAACACCGAGGGCGACAUGGACCUCGUCAGCGCCACGCCGCGGGAUAUGAAACUCCGGGAGAUGGCACUGAAGCAUCAACUUAAGCAAGGCCUAGCCUCUCUACCAAAGCCGAAAGACACGGAGUGGGAGCUCGAGCUCCCCGAGGAGCAACAAGAGGCCGCUCGCGUGGAGGUAUCAGAGGAAGAUGCGGAAAUUAGAGACAGGAGGAACAAGCAGAUUAGAGAAGCACAGGAGCUCCUCGAGCGUAAGCGCCAGACGCAAGUUCUCCAGAGAGGCCUCCCGCGUCCUGCCCUGGUAGACCUAGAUGCGAUUCUGAAGGAAGUGUCGGCGAUUUCCGACCCCAUCCAAGCAAGCAUUGCAAAGGAGAUGUCACUCCUCAUCGGAAAUGAUGCCGCGAAGCACCCCGCUCCGGGCUUGAGACUCAAGGGCCAACCGAAGAAGCUUGAUUUGUUCGAGGACGAUGCACUCGCACAGGCAAGGCUUGCCAUUGCUGUUGAGUCUUCUCGCGACGGCUCCGUCGUGGGCGCCGAGAUAUUCGACAAGACGUGGAAUGAGCUACACCGCUCAGUACUGGCGCCUGCACUUGUCGAUUACGAAGAUGAGGAGCCCACUGAGCGGGAGCUGCUGAUGCAAGCAUUCGACGCCGUCCAGAGCGAAAUCACCACCACUGCUGAGCGUGGUAACAAGCUCGAGAAGAAGCUUGCGCUGCACUUGGGAGGAUACCAGAAGCGACAGAAGAUGUUGCGGCAAAAGAUAUCUGAGGCGACAGAGGCACUAUGCACCGCGACGAACUCGUUAGAUGCAUUCCGCACCUUGCAAAUUGGAGAGGAAGCCGCGAUUUCGUCGCGUCUGGAGGGGCUGCGGGCCGAGGUUGGGUUUAUUACCACGAGGGAGAGGGAAGCACAGGAACUGUAUCGGGAGAGGAAAGAGGAACUGGACCGGAUUGUAGCGGCCAGUGGAGGGACGAAUGGGUAUCAUUAGGUGUAAGGGAUAUUUGUACUGUACUAUAGGUAGCGACGGCUGGGACGGACAGAAUCUCGGGAAAAUCAUAAUUGUAGAC